AGACGCAGAGAGGAGGCUCAGUCAGAGAGGAGCAGGAGAGUCCUGGAGGCAUGUGAGGGUCUGCAAAAGGCUGGGAGCAGGGCAGGGGGGCACUGGCAAGUGGAAAGGGAAGGGAGAGGUGCUGAGUGAGGAUAGCCAGAGAGACGAGGGACGGAGGGGAGGGUCGGUCCUCGCUGACAUUUCUUGUGAGAGGUGUCUAGGAGGUGGGUGAAAGUCAUCUGGGGGUAGUAGCUUCCCAAGCAGGAAGGGCUGUGAGCUUACUGGAAAAUGAGAGGCAAAACGUGAAGGCCCCUCCAGGUGUGAAAGACUGGACGAGGACGGAGGAAAGUGAAGAGACGGCACUGGAAGCAUGGGUUGUUUUCACAGCAGGACACAGAGGAAAGGACAGGAAGGAGCUGAACCUGGAGGAAUCCUCGUGAAGGCAGAGCCUGAAGAACAUCCUGAAAUCCUGCAGCUCACAGAGCUUGCUCAUUCAAGAAGUCACACCUUCACAGUGGGGAGCUUCAAGAAGAGACGGGUGUGCGAUGUGUGUCAGCAGAACAUCGACGACCUCGGGGCUUUCUGCAGGGAGUGCAAGAUCGCAGUUCACAAGCUGUGUGAAGGCAAGGUGACGACCACCUGCUCUCCAGUGCCAAAUCUGCAGGGAUCCACUAAAUCAGCAUCUCUGAAGAAGAGAGGCUCUUUACCCAGAAGUAAAAGUGUGGAACAAGUGAUGGAGCAUGUGAUGGAAGGCCACUAUGACUUUGACCUCACCUACAUCACGGAGAGGAUCAUAUCGGUCUUCUUCCUGCCAGACCUGGAGGAGCAGCGGUACCAGAGGAACCUGAAGGAAGUGGCAUCAAUGCUUAAAUCAAAGCACCAAGACAACUUUUUGCUUCUCAACUUAUCAGAGAACAGAAAUGACAUCACCAGACUCAACCCCAAGGUGCAGGACCACGGCUGGCCUGAUCUUCAUGCCCCCCCACUUGAAAGAAUUUGUGCCAUUUGUAAAGCCAUGGAGACCUGGUUGACCUCCGACACCCAAAAUGUUGUGGUCCUUCACUGCAAAGGACACAGAGGAAAAACGGGGGUCAUUGUGGCAGCAUACAUGCACUACAGCAAGAUAUCAGCUGGCGCUGACCAGGCUCUCACCACGCUGGCCAUGAGGAAGUUCUGUGAGGACAAAGUCUCCUCUUCUCUCCAGCCUUCUCAGAACAGGUACAUCUACUACUUCAGUGGACUCUUGUCCGGUACGAUCAAGAUGAACAGCAGUCCUCUGUUCCUGCAUCAGAUCCUCGUUCCAUCACUGCCAAACUUUCAGACAGGAGGAGGAUUUUAUCCCUUCCUGAAAAUCUACCAGUCUCUGAAGCUGGUCUACACAUCUGGCGUAUAUGAUCCCCAGGGUUCCAGAGCAAGGAAAGUUUGUGUGACCAUGGAGCCAGCCCUUCUUCUAAAGGGGGACAUCAUGGUGAAGUGCUACCACCGGAGGAGCAGAGCGGCAGAAAGGGAGGUGGUGUUUAGAGUCCAGUUCCACACCUGCACGGUUCACGGAGCCCAGCUGUGGUUUGGAAAGACUGAGCUAGACCAGGCCUCCACAGAUGACAGAUUCCCCCCAGAUGCUACAGUGGAGCUCAUCUUCUCCAGUGGACCAGAAAAAAUCAAAGGUCGAGAAUACAACAAGAAGGAUUCUUCCAUCAAGGUAGACUACAACAUCUCAGACCAUGUCGUUAGAUGGGAUUCCUACGAGAACUUUAAUCUCCAACGUGAAGACAGCAUUGAAAACAUAUCUCACACAAGAGGCCCUCUGGAUGGAAGCUUGUAUGCUCAAGUGAGAAAGCGACGUGGACCGGGCGCAACUGCUUCUGCACUGAAUGGAUGUCUGACUAGCAGCCCAACUGUCCAGUCUCAGUCUACCACAAAGCCCCAGUCUCACACUUAUGCAGCUGGCUCCAGAGGUUCUUCUGUCCCAUCAGUCCAACCUAAUCAUCCGGUGGAGUUGUCCCCAUCGAAGACAUUCACAGCAAGAGAAAACACUGACUGUCCUGUUAGAGGAGUAGGAGACACAGGAGACAGAGGAAUGGAGAAGAUGAGAGACAAAGCAAAAGACAGAGAAACAGCGAUUUUAGAUGAUGGGGACCUGUCAAGCCCUGAGGGUGUAAGACGAGAGCAGUCAUGUCAAUCAGGUACAAAGUGUAGAGAUUCAGGAUUGGAGCGAGACAGAGAGCCCUCUUUUACUAACAGUCAGUGUCUGGGAUGUUGCAACAGCGUUAGAAGACAUCAGAAAAGCCAAACUCUGCCAGCUUUACCAUCUAAAUCUCUUUCCCAUCCUCCUCUUGCAACUCAUGUGGAAUUUUGCCAUCGCCACAGUACCCAUCCUUUACCUGAGUUACCAUGGGAAUGUCCACCGGCAGCACCGUCUCUGCCCUGCCUCCACAGACCAUGUUACACUUAUCCGACUGCCGAACAUGCUUCCGCACACAGCCAUAGUCUGCCAGUUUCAAACAGAUUGUGCACAGGAGAUGAGUGUCACCUCAUUCAUUACUCCAGCCACAACCCAGGCUCUCACUUGUCCCACCACCAACCACAACCUUUAAGUCCUUACAGAGAGAUGAUUUUCAGCUCUCCGACAUUACCUCCUUGUUGUCCAUGUCAAGAUUGUUACAACAGACGAGAGCACCAGUCCAACUUAGUGAAAGCAAUCCACUCUGUGCAUCAAGACCAGUCAGAAGGCUCACACUGGUCCCAAGGAGCUGGGGUACAGCGGACACGAGAGGCACCCAUGCUCUGGGACAGUGAAAAUCCAUGGGAGCUGGCAAGAGGAACAGAGUUCUGGCAAUGCAAAUCUCCAUUGCCUGUAUUUCGUCACUGUUUUCCCACUCUAGACCAGGUUUCAAACCUCGAACAAUCAAGAUUUGUUAUCGCAUCGCAACAGAGCUACCCCAUCCCUCAGUCUCUAAUGGAUGUGCGGGAUAGAGCAAGCAGUGGGUACCACACUCCUCUACAGCCCCGUCAUUCCUGCCCAUGCUCCCCAUAUGAACCAUCUCCAUCUGAGAGCCAAGGGAGCCAUGGCUGUGCCUCAGGGUACCGCUCUGGAUCAACCUCUUCUAUGCCUCCAAAAAGCCCUUCUCCUGGUAAAGGAAGGCUGCCAGAUACCACCUUGGAAGCCCAAGACCAAGAGCAUGCUGGCAAUCACAAAGUGCAAAACACCAAAGCAGGAGACGACACAUCUCACGGUUCAGAGAAUAAAUGUGACUCUCAUGAUCAGCCAAGCACUCCUGGACUAGACUCUGAUCAUGACUACACACUUAUUGGUAGCAGCAGCCCAACCCACACUGAGGACAGUAUAACUACUGAGACCCCCUUUCAAAACAAAGAAACUACCACAGAAAACUCCAACACAAGCACCAAAUCAACAGUACCAGUAUCAGCGGAGACUCAAACCCAAAUUUCAGUCAUAUCUACAAACCCCAUACACCCAUCAGGUCAGUCUCCUCAAAGUCCUGAGGACAAGCCAGAAGCAGCUGACCUCACUGGAAGAACCAAAGAGUGUAGUCCAUCACACACUUCAAGCCCUGUUUCUGUCAUUGUCUCUCCUGUCCAAGUGCAACUUAACGGGUCCGACCUUCCUGGUGAUACCUUAUCCAACAGCAGCAGCAAUUUAUCUGCAAUCCUCUCUACAAGUCUAAGUUCUAGCACUUCCACCUCCUCCCCAAAUUCUCCUCUUGGCUCACCAGAGCAGUCUUCUCCUAAGUGCCCCACAUGUGCUGUAGACACAACAGAACAACGACUGACUCCCGACAGAGACAGCUCAGCCAACACCAAACCUCCUUCACCUGUGCCGGAUGGAUACCAGACACCCACUUUCCCAGUAGCAUCCUACUAUUACUCCUUAUUAAAUGUCCCUCAUGUCCCGUAUACUGGGUAUACCGCCAUAACAAUUCCCGCCAUCCAGCCUCCGUUACCAGAGAAGAAGCGUCUAUCCUCUACAUCAUCGCCAUCCCCGAAUGGACACAGUCCUACUUUCUGUGUCUCCUCUGCUUCUUCACCCACACAUCAUGUUACUUUUUCCCCAACUGUGGGAGAGCAGAGAAAAAGUUCUGGACAGCCCAGUUGCAGGGAGGGGGCAGACAUCCGCGUGAAUGCCAAGUUUGUCCAGGAUAGCUCCAAGUACUGGUACAAACCAGGAAUCUCCAGAGAUCAAGCUAUAGCGGUGCUGAAAGACAAGGAGCCAGGAACUUUCCUCAUUAGAGACAGUAACUCUUUCCAGGGAGCAUACGGCCUUGCUCUCAAGGUGGCCAACCCUCCUCCCAAUGCCAACAUCAGCGGGAACAAAGGAGAUUCUCUUGAACAGCUGGUGAGGCACUUCCUCAUUGAGUCUGGGCCACGAGGAGUGAAAAUCAAAGGCUGUCAGAAUGAGUCCUGUUUUGGGAGCUUAUCUGCUUUGGUGUACCAACAUUCAAUUACUCCCAUCUCUCUGCCAUGUACCCUCCGCAUCCCAGGAGAGGCUCAUGAUGUUGCAGAUUUGGUUGGGGAACUUCAGGAGAUGCAGAGCACCACAAAUACCAGCACAGCAGCUGACCUUCUCAAGCAAGGGGCAGCUUGCAGUGUGCUGUACCUGAACUCUGUGGAAACAGAGUCAUUAACUGGGCCAGAAGCUGUAUCAAAGGCAACCAAGUGUACUCUGGCUUUAAAUCCGCGGCCAGCAGCAACAGUGGUCCAUUUCAAAGUGUCCUCCCAGGGAAUUACACUAACCGACAGCAAAAGACGGCUAUUCUUUAGGCGGCACUACCCCAUCAACAGUGUUACGUUCAGCAGUCUCGACCCUCAUGACCGGAGGUGGACUAAUUCUGAUAGCACAACGAGCAAGAUGUUUGGCUUUGUGGCGAGACGAGCAGGAACGACCACAGAGAACGUGUGCCAUCUAUUCGCUGAGAUGGACCCCGAACAGCCAGCUGUGGCCAUCGUUAACUUUAUCAACAAAGUCAUGCUGGGACCCCAGCUACAAAGAUGAGGAAUGACAUGAUUCAACCGUGGACUCUGGGGAUCACGAUGAAGUUUUACAACUUUCUCAUGCAAUUGUUUUGCCUUAAUGGCACUUGUGUGCUCUUCAAUCACUUUUAUAUAAUAAUAUAGUUUUGACAAAUCAGCUUAGAGUGCAAACAAGUUAUAAAGUUUGACUGCACAGGGCCAAGUCUCACCUUAUUUGUUAUUUGAAAAAUGUUAUUGACGUGAAUCAAUAUAUGUUUAAAGAGCAAACAAAGGUUAAGCUAACAGUUAAAACAUUGUGGUAUAGAAUGUGGCUCAUGUUUUAAGGAGGGAAAAAUUAUAUUUGGUACCAUGUUGGACAUGAGAAAGACAAUAUAAGUGGGGCAAAAAUGAACAGAGUAUGUGGCUGCAUUUGAACCAGUAGAACAUGUUAGCAUCAAAAUUGUGUUUAUAAAAGAAUGCUUUAAAAAUUGUUGCUUUAAAAUUUGACAAAUGUUUAAUUUUAAAUUAGUAACCAAAAAAUUAAUGUUACUUAUCUUAUUAAAUCUUAUAGUUUAACAUCAAACGAAAAUAAACCUUAAAAAUUAUGUCACACUGUAUUAUUAGGAUGAAUAAGGACUAAUUUAAAUUUAAACAGUCCUAUAUUGGUAUAAUAAAAUAGUAAAUCUUUUAAAAUUUCUACUUUGAACAAUUUUCUGUAAUUUUUAAACAAAUUUUCUGAAUUUGUUUAGGUUUAAUGAAACCCUUCAUAUUUUUAAAGCAAACACUAAACAUUUAAAAAUGUAUUGUACAAUGAAAACUGAGUAAAUGUACAUGAAAAUUUGUGCCAGUGCCACUUUUUGUAACAUCUCAAAAAACAAAAACAAAAAAAAACACAACAACACGUUUGUAUGACCCAUUGUAAAUUAAAACAAAAAACAAAUGAGGAAAUGUCUUGAUUUACAAUAAUGUUAUUAAAGGAAAUAUCAGAUUGGAGGUUUGAACUGUUUGGAUUUUGGGGGUGAGGGUGCCUUCAACAAGCCAAAGAUGUAUUAUUGUGUUGCUACUAAUACUGUUUUUAUUUGAAAGGACUCAUUUCUGUUUGGUAAAAUGUUAUUUUCUGUGUGAGCUUGAUAUAAACUGAGACAGUAUUUUUUACGAUUGUAGAACGUACAUUCUUUUUCAUACACAUUUUAUGUAAAAGGAGUAAUAUAUUUAUGGUCUUUGAGAUGUUUAAAAGAAAGCUGUAUGGUGUGUUUGACAAAACAACAUAUUCGCCCAAUAAAAAUGAUUUUUCAUUAUAUUA